AUGUCAGCAGUCAAUGCGGAUUUGCUGUUCCAGCCUAUCAAGAUAGGCGGCAAGGACCUGAAGCACCGCAUCGUCUACGCGCCCCUCACCCGUAGCCGCGCCAUCAACAACGUUCCAGUACCCCAGGCGGCGCUGUACUACAGCCAGAGGGCGACCGAUGGCGGCCUGAUGAUCUCAGAGGCCACUGCUAUUUCCCCAGAGGCGUACGGGCUGGGCCCGCACACCCCAGGGAUCCACACCGUGGCCCAGGUGGAGGCCUGGAAGCCAGUGGUCAAGGCCGUCCAUAACAAGGGGGCCACCUUCUUCCUGCAGCUAUGGCACGUCGGCAGGGGCUCUCACAACGACUUCCAGCCAGGCGGUGCAGCCCCCGUUGCGCCCUCAGCUAUUGGCAUCACCGACAAGUGGGAGGUCUACACCACCAAGGGCGGCCCCUACAAGUACCCUAUGCCGCGCGCCCUGACUGAGGCGGAGAUCCCAGGCAUCGUGGAGGCCUAUGCCCAGGGCGCCAGGAACGCCAUCGCUGCCGGCUUUGACGGCGUGGAGAUCCCUGCAGCCAACGGCUACCUGCUGGCCCAGUUCAUUUCCAGCCUCACCAACCAGCGCACCGACAAGUACGGCGGAACGCUCGAGAACAGGGCCAGGCUGCUGUUUGAGGUGGUGGACGCCGUGACUGAGGCGGUGGGCGCGUCGCGCUUGGGCAUCCGGCUCAGCCCCUUUAACAAGUUCCUGGACUGCGUCGAGCCAGAGCCCUACGAUACCUACGGCUACAUCAUCAAGGCGCUCAACAAGUACGGCCUGGCCUAUCUCCACAUGGUGGAGCCCCGCGUGCUUGGGCUCCUGGAUGUAGAUGUUCCCGAGGGCGAGACGCUCCAGCCCUUCCGGGAGGCGUUCGACGGGCCCUUCAUCGCAGCGGGCGGCUUCAAGCCCGACACGGCGGCGGAGGCCGUUGGGACGCAUGCGGCGGACCUCGUGGCUUUCGGCCGUUGGUUCCUCUCCAACCCCGACCUGGUGAGGCGCAUCAAGCUGGGCGCCCCCCUCACCAAGUACAACAGGGACACCUUCUACACCCAGGACCCGGUGGUCGGCUACACUGAUUACCCCUUCCUAACGUGA